UCAAAAGUAAAAUUCACUUUCUGUUUGGUAGUCGGAGCCUGGGGGGACGCGGAGAAAGCUAAAAGUGGGAAAAAUCGAGAAUAAAGCGCCAGAACGCCGUCAAACAGCACAGACGCCAUAAGCUUCACCUUGUCGACUAACAUGGCGCCGGAGGAUUUUCGUCUUUCUUUUAGCUGGAUGCAAACGGAGCAGGAUGAGCUCAGCUGCAGAGGAGGAGGCUGCAGUGUUGGAAACCGUCAAGUCUGUCACACUCACACAGGACAGCGAUGGAAGCAUCAUCCUGCACUGCCCUCCUAAUGAUGAGGACUCGGAGCCCCUUCAGAAGAAACUGCGUCUCUCCACAGACGAACAGGACGACACGGACACGCCUCAGUUCUCUGUGGUCACCUUACCGAUGUCGGAGAACGAUGAAGGCUUCGAGGUGACGAUGACGGCCACGGCGGACGCUGAUCUCUCAGAGGACGGAGUCGCUCAGAUUCAGAUUCUGCAGGAUGAUGAAGAUGCUCCUUCACCCAGUCAGAAGGCGGAGGUGUCGGCCGUCAGUCAGGCCUGGUUCACAACCAAAGAAGACAAAGACACACUGGCUAACAAAGGUCAUAAGUGGAAGCAGGGCAUGUGGUCGAAAGAGGAAAUCGACAUUCUGAUGAGCAACAUCGAUCAAUAUGUGAAGGGCCGAGGCAUCGAAGACCCGGCUGAGAUCAUUUUUGAGAUGUCCAAAGAGGAGAGGAAGGAUUUCUACCGCUCGGUGGCUCAGGGUCUAAACAGGCCGCUGUUCGCCGUCUACAGACGAGUUCUACGAAUGUACGACAACAGAAACCAUGUCGGCAAGUACACUCCUGAUGAGAUAGAGAAGCUGAAAGCGCUGAGGGAGAAACACGGCAACGACUGGGCGACCAUCGGCGCCGCUCUGGGUCGGAGCGCCUCUUCUGUUAAAGACCGCUGCCGACUGAUGAAGGACACCUGCAACACAGGUAAAUGGAGUGAGGAGGAGGAGAGGCGUCUCGCUGAGGUCGUGUAUGAGAUGGCGGGCGUGUCGCCGGGGUCGGCGGUCACGGGAGGCGUUUCCUGGGCGACGGUCGCCGAUCAGGUUCGCACGCGCUCAGAGAAACAGUGUCGGUCGAAGUGGCUGAACUACCUGAACUGGAAACACAGCGGAGGAACUGAGUGGAUGAAGGAGGACGACCUCAACCUCAUACGCAGGAUAUCCGAGCUGGAGGUGGAGGACGAGAAUGAGAUCAGGUGGGAGGAUCUGGCAGGAGGGUGGAGCAGCGUCCGGUCGCCUCAGUGGCUGCGAUCCAAGUGGUGGAGCAUCAAGAGACAAGUAGCCAAUCACAAGGACAUCCCCUUCAGUGUCCUCCUGAAGGGUCUCCAGGAGCUGAUGGCGUCCUCGCAGACUUCAUCCGGACCAGGAAGUCCCUCCUCCUCCUCGCUACAGAUCCGACUCACCCGAUUAGAGGAGAGCGGCGGCAGCCCCGCCCCCAGCUCCGUGGCGGCGCUGCAGAUUCCCGUCCAGAUCCCGCUGCAGAUCACACACCUGGCGUCCGACUCUUCAGCAGCAGCCAGCGACAGUGAGACCAUCACUCUGAACACAGGAGCCCUGCAGACCUUCGAGAUCCUGCCGUCCUUCCACCUGCAGCCCACCGGCACCCCGGGGACAUACUACCUCCAGACGACGUCCAAUCAGGGCCUGCCGCUCAGCCUCUCCACCAGUCAGGGCCUUCCGCUCAGCUUGGGCAACAACAGCACGGUUACCCUGACGACGGGCUCGUCUCCCUCAUCACACGAACACAUCAUCCUCCACAGCCUGUCGACGGACGGCCUCUGCUCCAGCGACGGCGUCAUCAUCCAGACGGUCACCUCCGACCCCGCCGCCUCAGACCCCCUCGGCCAAUCACAGCUGGUCGUGGAGACGGAGGGGCAGAGUCAGGAGGACCACCUGGAAGCCACGAGUCUCCUGGAGGGUUCAGAGGGCGUCGUCACGGAAACGCAGGAGCCACUGACGGAUGACUUCACUGACAAGGAGCUGAGUUCCCCGUCUGUAGAAGGUCCAGUGGUGCAUUCUGGGAUAACAUCUGAAAGCGCCGUACUGAUCGUGUCUCCUCCCAACAUCAGCAGCACACUGACAGAUCCGAUCUUGGAGAACCAGGAGGGCUCCGACUGAGCUGAGCUGCUGCUGCGGCAGGCGGAGAUCAAACGAUGGACCACAGCAGGAUACAGAAGCCCUGCAGGGGCGAGUGAAACAUGUUUUCUCUCUGGUGAUGCAUUUUCCUAAAUCUGGUCUGAACUGUUUUAAGUUUAUAACUUGAGAACUGUUUUCCAUCUGUGUGAACACAUGAAAGAAUAUUACCAGGUGACUGUUUUGCUUUUUGUAUCUGUAUUUACUGGAGUGAAUGAUGAUUGUGAUUGUAAUGUAAUAUCUAUUUAGGGUGGCGUCCUUCAGCCUCUUGUGGUCAAAAUGAAUAUUACAAUAACAAACGGUGAGGAAACUGAGCCUUACAAAAAAGAAAAAGAACAAGAAAUAUGAGAAACAAAUUCAGAUCAGACUUGGAAAAUGAUUCACCAGAAAGAAAUGUCUUCACUCCAUAGAAGAAGGCAACUUCCUGUCUCUUCUUCUUCUGUGGUGAAGUACCAGCUGCGGCACACCUGUCUGCUCCUCUCCUGUUUAAAACCAGCAUGUGAACACAUGAAAACAGACGUAAAUGAAACAGAACUUUGGACUCUGGGUGAAGCUUGAUGUGUUUAAAGCUUCGUACUGAACCCCUGGAUGAAAUGUGAAACCUGCGCUGCUCGAGCCCGGACAUCACCAGACGUCCUCUCAGCCUCUCAAGUGCCAAAGAGACUCUACAGGCUGUGAUGACAUGAACUGACCCUCUCUCCUUACAGACGCCAUAUUCAUGUAUAAUUAUGUAAACAUCAAAGAAAAAUGUAAUGAUUCUCCUUUUGUUGUGGAUCAUGUGAUUAUGACAUUAAACUAUUUCAAUUUGUUUUAAUUUUA